AUGGCGACGCCUCCGCCGCGUGCGGUCCUGCUCAAGGGCCCCACGCUCAAUUCCAAGGUGUUUAUGACAGCGCUUCCUGAACGCCACGAGGAUCUGCUCGCUAAGGCUUGUGAACUCUUCAAGGUCCCAUCGGAUCACACACCGCAUUUAUAUGUGUCGUGUCAGGCAUCGGUGGGUACACCGCACAGCGAGCAGCGCGGUGCCCUGCUGCUGUCUGAUGCGAUGCCAUUCCUUCGUGAUCGCGAAAUGAUUACGCUGCGUUGGGUGCCGACCACAGAUCCCCCGCGCCGCGAAAAGGACGUCCGGAAUGUCCGAUGGGACACCAAGCUCGACGAGCCCGCCCCCCUGUCCCAUAUGCGCCCCACGGCUGUGCCUGCGUGGCGUGGUCCUCAGGCGCGUGCCAUGCAUGUGGCUCGUGUCUUGGAGCGCGAGCGGAUCCAGUCGGCGCAGGACGAGCUUGUGCCACGGAAACCCACUCAGGCCCUGUAUACCGCGAAACCGAGUGUAACGCCUGACCCGCCGUUUCACACAGCGCCCAUGUCGCCACCCCCCAGCUCUCCUACAACGAUACCUGCUGCCCGCGAUGAGAAUCCGUCGCCGCCAAGUUCACCCACGCCAAAUCCCAUGUCGUCGCCUGCGCGUACCUUGGAUUGGGGUGCUUCGGGCGAUAGCGAUGACGACCAUCCGUCCUCGGCCACUUCAUCGCCCUCAAAAUCGGACAGGCACCAUGAAUCCCGCAAAAGCAGCUUUGGCGCAUGGUGCGCGCGUCUGAACCCAUUUGCUCGUUCCGAAGACCACAAGGACGAAGAGCCGGAAGACAAGUCGGAUGGCCCAAGCCCGUCGGCUCCAGCGGACAAAGCCUUGCCUGAUUUGCAUGUAACUGGCUCGGCUGCCUAUGAUGUCAUGACACAGGUGCUCAUGGCCGUGCGUGAACAUGCGCGCAAUGUGCACUGCAAAGUACCCCACGAGUUUUGUGCGCGACAAGCCGGACUCUCGAUGAGUCUCGGCACAUGUGUCGCGAAGCGGGCCAUGUCAGAAGACAAGCCUCUGCGGCACUUUGCGGAUGCGCUGGAUGAAUACUUGGAUACUUGUGUAUCUACGAAAGGCCCCAUGAUCGAGCCCGAAGUAUCGGCGCUGCGUGCGUUUGCCUACAAGUUGAUGGACGAGCUGCAACGAACAAGCGCGCCCGUGGCACCCCCACCAUCGAAAGAGGUGCCGCCCCCGGAGGCGUCGCCUGAGGAGCCGCCUGCCCCCACUCGUACGACGCGUCGUCGCGGCGCUCCUAGAAAACGCCAGGCGGCCGCUCUGCCCCCGGUACCCGACGAGCCGUUGGCCAAGCGAACGCGGCGCUCUACACGACAUACCAAGGCGUAA